AGAAGGGAGGAGAGGGAAGGGAGGAGAGAGAGCACGUCUACACUUGCACGCCAUCCCGCAGCGAAGGCAGUGCAGGAGCGAUCAGUUGAUUUGGAGGAAGUUGUAGAAGCGGCUGUUGAACUUUGAAUCGAGGACUUCACGGCUGCCUCGGAGGAGUGCUCGAGGGAGGGCACGGCGGACGAAAGAGGUAAAGGUGGGAAAGGCGGUACAGGCUCGAGGGAGGGAGACACUGUUGGCUUUUGUUCCCGACCACCUUGCUCUUUCAGUAGUGAAGGCACUGUUGGGAGGACGUGGACGCUGAUCCCGAUGGCGAGAAGAGUGUCCCGAUCCGUCUCGUCCAUGGCGGCUAUGGCGGCGCUGCUGGUACUUGCCUUAAUGCAGUCCGCCAUCCACGGACAUGCUGCGUCCCCGGAUCCUGGUACGGUCAAGAUCGAGCGUUUUAGUUAUGCCGGCGACGGUUGCCCACCUGGUUCCGCCGAGGGCGCGGUGUCCGAUGACGGCCAAGCGCUCACCGUCAUGUUUAGCCAGUACACUGCCUCGACAGACGCUGGCAGUUCCGGUCUGAGGAAGGCGUGCACGGUGACGGCCGUGCUGAGUUAUCCGCUAGGUUUCCGGUUCCACCUGGUGGACGUCACCAUGCGCGGGUACGCCAAGCUGGACGCUGGCGUGACGGGCACCGUUCAGACCAGUUACCAUAUUUCCGGGGUAAGCGGGACGACACGAGCUAAGCGCGUCAUCACCGGCGCGUUCGAUGACAACUUUGAGUUCACGGACAGUUUCGCUGCAGCCGUCUACAGCGAGUGCAACACGGUCAGGAACCUCAACCUCGUCUCCGAAGUGCGAGUGAAUCCUGGGAACCCACCGGCAAGCGGCCUCCUGACCAUAGACUCUCAGGAUCUCCGGCUCACGCAAGUCUUCGCCCUCGCCUGGGAGUCCUGCUGAACCCCAGGCCAUUGCCACCUUGUCGCCUCAGCACGCAGCACGCGACCCAACUAGGCUACAUGCUCACGGACGGAACACUUCUCGUAG